UGUCUCUCUUCCUUCUUCUUAUUCCCACGGACUGCCAGUUCUCGUCGCUUUCCUUAGUCAUUUCUUUGCCUUAGAACGUCUGGCCUCGAGCUCAACGCUUGUCAAGAUACUCUCGCUCCUUUACGCUGGAACUUGACCAGAUUGUCUUACAGAAGAAAAAGACCCCUCGACUUUGACUCUACUAGUCCCUGAUCCGGAAUAGCACAGUUCCCCUGGAUCCUCUCAAUUUCUCUCUAUACGACCCAUUAUAAUUUGUGAACUUCAAUUGCUGUUUUAUAUAUCAUGUCGGCCAACCAAUUGCUGUGUCAAAUGGAUUCCUCGUCGCACCAGAACGAAUGGUAUGACUUUGACAGCUUUCUCGAGUUUCCCUCGGGCGAUCUUGAUAGCAAUUCCACCUCGGUAGAUUCAAUCUCCCCCAAGGACUUGGAUCUGAGCUACACCGAGGCGGAUGCGACCAACUGGAACUCCAACCUCGGCGCCUGCUCCCAGGCAUCAUUCCCGGAAUUGGUGGACUGUCAGAACCUGUUCGGAGAGUACACUCUCGGCACCGAAUCCAUCGCGAACCCUAACGAGACCCUGCAACUCCUCUCGUCAUCCGAGGCUGAAGGGUUCAUGGGUCCGACCUAUGAUGCCACGUGGUCGCCUGAAUUCCCAGGCCACAAUGAGCAGUUCUACUCGACCAUUCGCCAGAUGGUAGAGUCGCAGGCAGCGACCGGUGCGGGUUACGCCUCCAAAAAGGAGAAGCGCAUCGAAGCAUCCAUUGCGCUGCAUAUGCAGCGGCUCCAGGAUGUGUCUCUGCCCGACAUCGAUCUGUUCUCGGACUCAAACACCUCAUUCCCUUCGCCGUGCUGGUCGGAGACUGCCCGACCAAAUGCUUCUAUUGACGGGAGCCCCGCUACCACCCUCCUGUCCGAGCCCACCAGCAAAUCUCCUACACCUCCCUCCACGUUAGAUGCUUCCUCCGGAGGGAUGGAGCUCGUUUUAGAUUUGAACAUGAACACCGCUUCUAACGUACCGAAGAAGCAAAAGCCUCGAUCGCGGGCCCAGAAAGAGAACUACAUCAAGGUUCGUAAGCACGGUGCUUGCGAGAAACAUAGAAAACAGCACAAAAGAUGCAACUGCCUUGAAACUACGAUUUCUCGUGUUGAGAUGGCUGGGUCGCUUCUUUCUACCACGAACGAGGUACUAAGACCGAUGAAGCAUGCUCCACAGCUUUAUGUUCGCGGCCAGGACCACGACAGACUUCUCCUACAAACGGCACUGAGACAGAGCAACACGCAACAGUGUGUGAAGUCGGCAGUUUCUGUGGAUCGCGGCGGCUCUACCCCCGGCGUCUCGUCGCCCGAGUCGAGCACUACGAGACACUCGCCAUGCCAUGUGCAGCGCCCCGUUAGCUCUUCUGAUCAAGGAACAAUGCUACAGGUACGGUCGUCCAUCAGGGAAUACAUACCUAGGGGCGGCGUUAACAACGUUCCUUCGUCGACGGGACUGCUUGCAAGCCACACAGUACAAGAAUCGUCUACGGCCCAGCCCGUCCAACGACCAAGCACGGUGCAGGCGACGAGGCGUCAACCGCUUUCCAAUCGCGCGUCUCCAGAACUAUGCACGGUUGUGCAUGGACACGACCACGAUCAGGUUCUCCGCCAAGGAAUUCUUCAGAGAUGGCGUCUACGACCUACAAGCGAAACGGGACAAGAAUGCGUGCAACUACAGACUGUACAGCGUACGCAGGGCUUAAACGCCCCGGACAACGAUGGAUUCGUUGCCGAACAGCGUCUGUCCCUCCUGUCUAUUUACACGGGACUGUACAAUACUGCAUUUGCAUUCUCCCGCUUCUGGCAAAAGUCGGCAUCAGUCACCUCAUGGGCAGGAAUCCUUCUAGAAAGGUUCCUGAUUGUCUCUUCUAAACAAUUUUGGUUUGUUCGGAAGGGAUGGGGACUGAAUUAGCCCGGCGUUGUGGUCUGAUUUUGGGUCUGUCUGUUCAUUGAGCGUGUUCGUUUGAUUUGUCCUGUUAUCUAGCGGUGGUUUGAGGUUUUUGUUCUUGAUUCCAUGAUGUUUAAUAUCCCUGUGAAAAGUAUGUUUGUAUUAGAUACUAGUAAUUGAUCGUUUUGUCUAU